AUGUAUCCAACUCGGGCAGCAGCGAGCCAGCGUCUCUGGAGAUGUCCAGCCUGCGCUCUCUGGAUCGCCCUGCUUCUCCACAGUGUCCUGUACCUGAGCGCGUCUGGGUCUGAGUUUCCCCAAGACCCCAGUGUGCUAGCUGCCACCUCAUGGAACACGUCUAGGCACUUCUUUAUACGUCUUGAAGCUCCUAUGAACAACAUCACCACCUCUCUGGGCCACACAGCCGAGCUCUUCUGCCGUGUGUCUGGCAACCCACCGCCCACAGUGCGCUGGCUGAAGAAUGACGCCCCUGUGGUACAGGAGCCACGACGGGUCUCCUACAGAUCUACACCAUAUGGAUCACGCCUCCGCAUCCGCAACCUGGACACCACUGAUACAGGCUAUUUCCAGUGUGUAGCCACCAACACCCAGGGUACAGUGUCCACGACAGGGGUGCUGUUUGUCAAAUUCGAUCCACUCCCUACACCUCUGUCAGGAAGGCCAACGGACGAUUUUGAUGAAGAGGGAUUCUGCCAACCGUACAGAGGUAUUGCCUGUGCCCGCUUCAUCGGUAAUCGCAGCAUCUUCGUCGACUCGUUGCAGAUGCAGGGAGAAAUCGAGACCCAGAUCACAGCCGCCUUCACCAUGAUUGGGACUUCCAACCACUUAUCCGAUCGUUGCUCCCAGUUUGCCAUCCCUUCCCUCUGCCACUUCGCUUUCCCGACUUGUGACCGCAGUUCAGGAACUGACAAACCUCGGGACCUGUGUAAGGAUGAGUGUGAGAUCCUGGAAAACGACUUGUGCAAGACAGAGUAUAUCAUCGCCCGCUCAAACCCCCUUAUACUGAAGAGAUUAAAGCUGCCAAACUGUGAAGACCUGGCUGCCUUUGACAGCCCAGAGGCUGCCAACUGUCUGAGGAUCGGCAUCCCCAUGGCUGAGCCCAUUAACAAGAAUCACAAGUGUUACAACAACAGCGGGACAGACUACCGUGGGACCAUCAGUAUGACCAAAUCGGGGCGUCAAUGUCAGCCGUGGAACUCCCAGUACCCUCACAGCCACACCUACCUGGCCGUCCGCUACCCAGAGCUGAACGGGGGACACUCGUACUGCCGCAACCCCGGGAACAAACAUGAGGCCCCCUGGUGCUUCACGCUGGAUGAGGGGGUCCGCAUGGAGCUCUGCGACAUACCUAUCUGUGACCAUAAGGAAAAGUCUGGCGGCGGCAACAUGGAGAUCUUGUACAUCCUGGUUCCCAGUGUGGCGAUCCCGUUAGCCAUUGCCUUGCUCUUCUUCUUUAUUUGCGUGUGCCGCAACAACCAGAAGUCCCCCAGGCCUCCUGCACCCCGCCAACCCAAACCAGUCCGUGGACAAAAUGUUGAGAUGUCCAUGCUCACAACUGCAUACAAGCCAAAGAGUAAGGCUAAAGAGCUUCCCCUGUCGGCUGUGCGUUUCAUGGAGGAGCUUGGAGAGUGCACUUUAGGGAAGAUCUACAAGGGGCACCUGUAUCUGCCAGGCAUGGACCAGGCACAGCUGGUGGCCAUAAAGACAAUGAAAGAUAUCUCCAACACGCAGCAGUGGGGGGAAUUACAGCAGGAGGCCGCAGUGCUGACAGAGCUACAACACCCCAACGUGGUGUGCCUGCUGGGUGUGGUGACCCAGGAGCAGCCUGUCUGUAUGCUGUUUGAGUUUCUCCCUCAAGGCGACCUCCACGAAUUCCUCAUCAUGCGUUCGCCACACUCUGAUGUUGGCUGCAGCAGUGACGAAGAUGGCACAGUUAAAUCCAGCUUGGAUCAUGGAGACUUCCUGCAUAUGUCCAUACAGGUGGCUGCUGGGAUGGAGUACUUGGCCAGUCACUUCUACAUCCAUAAGGACCUUGCAGCUCGGAACAUCCUAGUCGGUGAACAGCUGCACGUCAAAAUCUCUGAUCUGGGCCUCUCCAGAGCGAUCUAUUCCUCAGACUACUACUGCCUCCAGCCUAAAACCCUGCUGCCCAUCCGCUGGAUGCCCCCUGAGGCCAUCUCCUAUGGAAAGUUCACCACAGACUCAGACAUCUGGUCGUUCGGAGUGGUGCUGUGGGAGAUUUUCAGCUAUGGCCUGCAGCCAUAUUAUGGCUUCUCCAACCAGGAAGUGAUGGAGAUGGUGAGAAAAAGGCAGCUGCUGCCCUGCCCUGAGGACUGUCCACCGAGGUUUUAUGGUAUGAUGACUGAGUGCUGGCAAGAGGGACCUGCACGGCGACUCCGAUUCAAAGACAUCCACGGCCGCCUGCGAGCCUGGGAGGGGCUGUCAUCUCACGCCAGCUCCAGCACACCGUCUGGUGGCGGAGGCAACGCCACCACUCAGACAACCUCGCUCAGUGCCAGCCCUGUCAGCAACCUGAGCAACCCCCGUUACGCUGCUGCCGCCGCUGCUGCAGGAUACCUCUACCCGGCCCAGGCUAUUCCCACAUCAGGCCAGAUGGCUCCGAUUCAAGCCUGGGCACCCAUGACUGUGUCGCAAACCCACCCACGCUUUAUCCCCGUCAAUGGCUACCCCAUCCCACCAGGAUACGCAGCUUUUCCUGCUCACUUCGCUCCCCCGGCCCCACCUACCAGAGUAAUCCAGCACCACCUGCCCCCUCCCAAAAGCCGCUCACCCAGCAGCGCCAGUGGCUCCACCAGCACGGGUCACGUCAGCGGCGUCCCCUCCACCACGGGCUCCAACCAUGAUGCCAACACACCGCUGCUGUCUCACUGCAUCAUGCCGGGGAGCGGAGGGCCAAUUCAGAUGUAUGGACAACUAUCUCAGAAGCAGCUGGACCACGCAUCACAAACAGCAGCGCUGCUUGCUGCUGAUUCCGACGUACUGAUGUACAACGACUCAGUCAUCACCGCAGAUCUGUAGAUAAAUAGAGGGAUACUCACACUUUUUUUUUUUGCUCGGGACCCACAUUUGAGAAGUUUAGCCUCUCACCAAGGGACUGGUCUAAGAAUUAUACUCUGGUCAUGUUGAUACUCAACAAACAAGCUUGUGAGAAACA